UAGUCGACCCGUUUCUUUAUUUUUCUCCCCACUCCUCUCCAAUUUUCCAGCUUUUCCCACCGCCCCAAAAACCUCACGGCGUGCUCUGCUUCGCCUCUCCUCGGCCGCCGUAGAGAGAGCAGGGUGGACGAAGCCGUUGGAAAUGGCUUCUCCCCUCUCCUUCCGGCCCCACUCCCUUCCCCUCUCCUCCUUCUGGGGCCGCCCCGGAGCUCCGGACCCCCUCUCCCGUCGAUCCCACUUCGGGUUCUUCACCAAGAACCCCUCGCCCUUACUUCUCCGUGACGGCGGUUUCUUGGCGGCAAGGAUGAGUUCGAGUCCUCAUCUCCCCGAUUUCGAGACCGCAGAGGGGCUUGCUCGUGAGCUAUUCGGUCGGCUGGAAGGCCUUAUCUAUACCGUUGCUGAUGCUGCUGUUUCCUCCGAUGCCGCCAUCGAAAGCUCGAAGCAGAACGGAGACUGGCUCUCGGGAAUCACCAAUUACCUGGAAACUGUUCUUAAGGUUUUAAAAGAUGGGCUGUCAGCUUUGCAUGUUCCCUAUGCUUAUGGUUUUGCAAUUAUUCUCCUUACAGUUCUUGUGAAGGCAGCCACGUUUCCUUUGACAAAGAAACAGGUUGAGUCAGCAUUGGCAAUGCGAUCGCUGCAACCUCAGGUCAAGGCUAUCCAACAACGUUAUGCUGGCGAUCAGGAGAGGAUACAACUUGAAACUGCUCGUUUGUAUAAAUUGGCUGGCAUAAACCCUUUAGCAGGAUGCUUACCUACUCUUGCUACAAUACCGGUUUGGAUUGGCCUAUAUAGAGCUCUCUCUAAUGUGGCUAAUGAGGGGCUCCUUACCGAAGGCUUCUUCUGGAUACCUUCUUUGGCUGGUCCUACAACAAUUGCAGCUCGACAAAGUGGUAGUGGGACCUCAUGGCUUUUCCCUUUCAUUGAUGGUCAUCCACCUCUUGGAUGGUCAGACACAUUUGCAUAUCUUGUCUUGCCUGCUUUGCUGGUUAUCUCACAAUAUAUUUCAGCUCAAAUCAUGCAGCCACCACAGAAUAGCGAUCCCAGCCAGAAAAGUUCUCAAGCUUUGACCAAGUUCCUUCCUUUGAUGAUUGGUUACUUUGCUCUUUCUGUCCCUUCUGGCCUGAGUCUAUAUUGGUUUACAAAUAACAUUCUGAGCACGGCACAACAAAUAUGGCUUCAAAAGCUUGGGGGUGCAAAAAAUCCAGUUAAAGAGUAUAUUGACAGAACAAUUAGGGAUGAAUCAUCUAACAUUCCGAAUUCUGUAUCCAAUAUCGAGAAGUCUAUACUUGAUAUUGAAACACAAAAAGCAAAAUCCAGUCAAGGAGAAAAAGCAAGUCCUGGUGGAUUGCCCCGUGGUGAAAGGUUCAAACAAAUUAAGGAGCAGGAGGCAAGGAGAAGAAAACAAAAAGAAGAAGAGAACGAGAGAGCAAAAGAGGUAGCAGAUGGUUCUCAUCUGAUUACUGAGCAACAAAAUUCGGAAGUUAAAAUAUUAGAGAACAAAAAUAAACAGGAGCCGGAUAUAGAUAAAGUAGAUACAGAUUUAUCUAUGAGCAACAAUGGGGGACUCAAUGGUAAUGCUGGUCCAGUAAUGACAAAUGAAAGAAGUCUUCAUGACAAUGCAGAAAAGGAAGAAGUGAUCGAAGUACAUUCCCCAACUGGUAACCAGACUUCACAUGAUGCUCUUGACAGAAGAGAUCAGGAGACAGAAUGAGCUGAAGCUUAGCCAUCAUAUGGAUAAUGCUGGUUAUAUGUUCCCUCUGGCUAGUGGCAUGCUGUGGUUGUACACUUUGUGCUGAUUAUCUAUUCCAUCAGAUAGCCUUCUGCAUUCGGUUCGUUUGCAUGGGGAUGAUCUUUUCUCAUGGUGCUUCCGAAUGCAACAUAUGCUGCAUCAAAGUGCUUACCGCACUCUGUACCUCGUUGGGGCUCCAUGAUUGUAAAUUCUAUCGGAUGAAGACAUAUCACCAAAAUUCUAUUCUAUAUCCCAUGCAUGAGUUGUCUGGAAAUCAAAGUUUAAAACUUUACACGGAUUGUGACAAGUUAUUUUGACAUUUCGUCUUCUGGCAUGCUUCAGGAAAUGUGAUGAUCAGGACCCCAUGUGAAUUAAUAAAGUUAUUAUGGAACUGCUAUUGCAGUCGUCUUCUGAUACAUGAUUUAUGAUAUAAUUAUUUCA